GCUGAACGGAGGCGUCCAUUGGUCAGAGCCUCCCCUGGUCUUGUCCCAAGGCGCCGACAAGUUCUGUGAAGAGUGCACCAUCCUCGAUCUGGUGGGCAGUCACUUCAACAACGCGGUCGGCAUCAACGGGGAUCGCUCUCCCCGCUGCUUCCUAGGAGACUUUGAGGCCCUGGGUUUUGGGAAACUUUUAUGA